AUGGCAUCAAAGCAUAUUCAAGGCAACAACAUAUACAAUCAAAUCAAGAGGAAGAAGAGUAUUUGGAAGUCUAUCCAUGCACUAAAUGGUCCAAGUGAAGAAGGAAUUGAAGAUGAAGAUGAAGAUAAUGAAGAGGGAGAAGCCCAUGAUGAUGAUAAUGAAGAUGAAGAUAAUGAAGAAGGAGAAGCCCAUAAUGAUGAUAAUAGGGAUGAAGAUGAAGGUGAUGAAGAGGGAGAAGCCCAUGAUGGUGAUAAUGAAGGGGGAGAAGCCCAUGAUGAUGAUAAUGAGAAUCAAGAUAAUGAAGAGAGUGUAGAGGUCUUUGAUGAAGAAAAUAUCCAUGGAGGAGAGGCCUUUCAUAAUGAAGAUAUAGAAGAUAAUAAGGAAGCCCUUGAAGGAGAUUAUGAUGACUCUUAUGGAUAG